AUGUCACUGCUGAGAGAGUUACUCAGUGCGACUGCAGCAGACAAAUGUCCAGGACCAGUGAGGACUUCUUAUAUGAAAAAAGUUCAAAGACGGAAAAGGAAAGAGAACCGUCCCCGACGUCAGCGUACGACAUUCACCAGUGAGCAGACACUGAAGUUAGAACUGGAGUAUAACCGAACUGAAUAUAUCACACGACCUCGGCGAUUCGAAUUGGCUGAGAUGUUGAACUUGACAGAAACCCAGAUCAAGAUCUGGUUCCAGAACCGAAGAGCGAAAGACAAACGGAUCGAAAAGGCACAAAUGGAUCAGCAGAUGAGCCUAUCUAAUUUCCAAAGAAGACAAGUUGUUGGAGUUCGGCCCGAUCUCUACAGCGCUGCUAUUAAUUUUGUUCUCUGUCCAGAAUUGUGUUGUGGACAAGGGUUAGAAUGCUUAGAAUACUGGAACUGCCGCAUUGCUGUGCCCGCACCUGCAAUUCUAGCAUUCCGUUCAGCCUUCUGCUUCCCAUCACAAGAGAACGG